CAAAAACAAGUUGAGGAAAUCUAGUCCUGUUGAUACAAAUUUCGACAUCUCGUUGUUAUUGUGUCGUCCUAGAUCGACACAAAUGUAACAUUGUUAAGUAUGUGACAGCAUCGAAAGUAGCUGCUUUACAGUACCAGGUCAAUACUGGAAAGUCUCUGGAACCAUUUUAUAUUUUGAAACUGUCGAAGGUGUUCACUGGUAUUUACAUCAGCUGGUCUGUUGCUUAUGUCACUGUGAUCAGUUUUCACCUUUCAGUUCGUGCUGUGAAGACCACUUUUGACUGCAUGAAGAUGUCUAAUAGAGGAGUGCUGAGUCUGCGCUUUAACCAGGACUAUGGCUGCUUCACAUGUGCCACAGAGUCAGGGCUCCGCAUUUACAAUGUGGAUCCUCUCACCCAGAAGCUGUCACAAGGGGUAGAAUGUGUGGGCAGCGUGGCUAUGGCGGAGAUGCUGUUCCGAACAAAUAUCCUGGCUCUUGUUGGUGGUGGAAGUCUUCCCAAAUUUGAUGAAAAAGCAGUGCUGGUAUGGGAUGAGUCACAGAAGGACCCAGAACAGAAGAUCCUAAUGGACAUCACCUUUGCCCAACCUGUUGUUGCAGUCCGCUUACAGAGAGACAGGCUGAUCGUUGUUCUGAGGAACCAGGUCCAUGUGUUCUCAUUCCCAAACAACCCACAGAAACUCUGCAGUUUUGACACCAGGGACAACCCCAGAGGAUUGGUAGAAGUGAGUCCAUUCGGUCGGACGCUGGUGUUCCCGGGCCACAAGUGUGGUAGUGUGCAGGUUGUGGACCUGGAGAUGACACAGCCGGAACACACCGUGUCUCCUGUCACCAUCAAUACCCACCAGAGUGAGCUGGCCUGUCUAGCACUGGACCAAAAGGGCAAGCUCCUGGCAACAGCCUCACGGAAGGGGACCCUGAUCCGAGUAUUUGAUGUAGCUACCAAGAAGCUUGUGGUUGAGCUGCGGCGAGGUGCGGACCCAGCUGUCUUAUACUGCAUCUCCUUCAGUGCUGACUCAGCGUUCCUAUGUGCUUCAAGUGACAAGGGGACUGUACAUAUAUUUGCUGUGAAAGACACAAAACUCAACAGGACAUCAACAUUCAAGAAGAUGGGCUUCCUUGGUCCCUAUGUGGAAUCUCAGUGGGGUUUGGCCAGUUUCACCGUAGCUGCUGAGUGUGCCUGUAUCUGCGCCUUCGGUUCCUCCAGUUCUGUUAUAGCUGUGUGUGUUGACGGAACAUUCCACAAAUACGUGUUUACAUCUGAUGGCAACUGUAACCGCGAGGCGUAUGAUGUCUACCUUGACAUGGGAGAAGAUAUGGAGUGAAAACCCAGGUGCUACCGUUUUCACUGGAUCAUUACAUAGUGUUACUUCAUGGAAUGUCUGUGGAAUAUGACAAACUACAGAACAGAGGCGCUACCAUUAUUACCUUUGUAGUUAUACAUUAUUACUCCAUGGACUAAGCAGGAGAGUGGCUACAGAACAGAGGCACUACCAUUAUUACCUUGGUAGUUAUACAUUAUUACUCCAUGGACUAAGCAGGAG